AUGGAUGAGGCGCAAUUACAAUUAGCAGAAGAAACGGAUUACAGCAGGGAUUUUGAGGAAGAUUUACGAGGAAAUGUAGAACAUGGUGAUGUUUAUGACGAACAUUUGGCACAACUACCAGAAUUUGAAGUGCACAAAUUGGGAAAAAAUUUGGGAUGGACACAGCUUCCCAUCGUAACACGCAGAAAAGCCUUAUGGAGCACUCCACUGCCCAGAACUCGACCUUUUAGUCAUUCAUGGGCCUGGUUGUACACAAAACCCCCAACAGCGGCCACACAAAGACAAAAACAAACAACAACAAUAUCACCGGAAGUAAACAAUAAAAUAGAAAAAAGUGUAAUAAAUGACAAAAUGGAAAGAAAAGAAGAACGAAUAAAAAAAAUUAGCGAGGAAACAAUAAAAACCACAACGCCAAGAAUAAUGCUAAAUGAAACAAAUUUAAAUACAAAAAGUUUAGAGACAACAAAAACAAACAAAGAAAGAGAACAACAAACAAACAAAACAAAGGCAGAGAAGGAGAAAACACCGGAAACAACACAAACAACAACAUUCUCUACAAACAAGGCAACAACAUUAAAUAGAGAAGAACAACAACAAAUAAACAUAAAAACAAAACAGUUAGAGAAAGAGAAAACAGAAGAAACAACAAAAACAUCAACACAAACAACAACAAAAACAUCAACACAAACAACAACGACUACAACACUUUCUCUAAACAAAACACCAACAAAAACAACACAGUUAGAGAAAGAGAAAGAAGAAACAACAACACGAACAACAACAACUACUACAUUCUCUCCAAACAAAUUAAUUAUAGAAAAGGAAGAAAAAGAACAUUUAAUUGAAAGAUUGCGUAAAUUACUCAAAAAUGCAAAUUUGAAGGGCGUGUUUCCCUCAGAGAACAAUAAAGUUGUUGUGGAGGUUCGUUCAAAUGUCAUCGCUAUUGAACCCGCUGUUGAUUCUAAAAAUGUUGAUCCGUCAAAAACAGGCAGUGGAUUUGCUUGGCCCCGUUCUUGGGAGAAUAAUGAAGCUGAUGAUAGAUUGGCAAUUCGGAGUUGGGCUAGAGAACAUUCCCGCCAACCUGACCACCAAUUAAUUUUGCCUUUCCAAAAUAAUUCAGACGAAGGAGAAGAGCCUAUUUCUACCCCAAAACAACUUCCAAACAUUCUCCAGUCUUCAAUUCAAUUUACAACAACCAUUAAAAUUCCAACAACAAUUAAAACAACAACAAAAGUACCAACAACUGCAAGAAAGAAGGGUGUAGUUAAACCCACUUUUUUCAAUUCUGGGACUCAUCGACAUACAGGUAUGGUAAUUUUUAAGGUUUUUAUAACCCCAGACUGCCUCUGA